AUGGGUAAUUGUAAAACAUUAAUGCAGUUGCCACCUAAAGAUCAAAUACUAAUGAUCUCACGCGAAACUGGAUUUACGAGACGACAAAUUCUUCGUUUGCACACUCGUUUUUUAUCACUUGAUAAACAAGGUCGAGGCUACCUUGAUCGAGAUGAUUUUUUUAACGUCCAUGAACUCGAGCUGAAUCCUCUUGGCGACAGAAUUAUCGACGCAUUUUUUACAGAAAAGAAUGAUAUCGAAAAGAAAUUAACAUUUCCCGAAUUUUGUCAAGUCCUCGCUCAUUUCAGGCCUAUUAUCGAAGGGAAAAAUUCAGCAGUUAACAAUCGAGAAUCUAAAUUACGGUUUGCCUUUGCGAUGUAUGAUUUGGAUAAAAGUGGAUUUAUUACUCGAAAUGGAUUCAAAGUAAUAUUAAGCAUGAUGGUUGGACCAAAUAUCACGCCUGAACAGGCUUUUUUUUAA